CUAGCAGAAGACAGACUGAGCAGUCAGUGUGUUAUAGUUUGGCCUGUUGAGCUCUAGAAAUGGACUAGAACACUUCUGUAUGGGAACACAGGCUGUAACUGAACCACUGAGCUGUUCGAUUGUCCUGUUCUUUGUUAGCCUGGUGAUGUGUAACACAUGGAAUUAGAGCAGAUAAUGCUGGUAAUGAAAGAAAUGCUGGUAAUACACCUUAUGUGUGCUGCUCCGGCUCUGUGGGAAGGAUGGUGCAGGUGAAAAUAGCCUGCGGGUCAUCACAGUAUUGAAAGUGUAGCCUACAAACUAAAUGUGAAUGAUACAUUUCAAAUGGUGAAUGAGGUGCACCUGCAAAUUUUCUAAAUUUCAUAAAGUUGUAAAAUGGUAAAUCCUUUUUAGUUUGAAUGCAAUGCAGGCCUUUACUUCGACCCUUAAAACCAUAAAAUGAAAACCACCUCAUAACUCUAUAACUCUCUGGGCUACAGGAAAUACACCCAAACUUAAGUGUAGUCUUUUUUGUCCUUGAAACUUUUAACACCCGUCUUUUGAAUAAAAAAUGCAUGGACUAUUGUUUUGCAUGUUUUUAUUUGGGGUAACCUGUACAAUAUAUCACAAAGGGUUUACAUGCAACCAAAGCACCAGAAUUUUGGCAUUGAGGUUUUUGCAAACCAUGGACAUGCUGAAUUUCCAUUAUGAUGUUGUGUAUAUGUUGAAACUUCACGCUUAUUUAUGUUUCAACAAUGCUGUGGUUGACAUGUGGUUAGCUUUAGGUACAAAAAACCUGGUUAUGGUAAGGAAAAGAUCCUGUUUGGGCUUAAAAUACCCAGUUUUGGUGGCACAAUCCCUGCUGGAAACACAGCCAUGUUCCAGUAAAAAAACAAAAAAACAAAACACUUUUUGUGUCACUAUCUUGGCAGGAAAUGCAGCAAUGUCUCAGCAAAUACAAACUGCUUGUCAUAGCACCAUCUCCAGUGGAAAAACCGGCUGCUAAGAAACACCCACAUUUGGGGCCUAAACAUCUUCUGGAAACACAGUGAUGACUCGCUAAAGCCAACAGCUUUUGUUGCUUAUUGGUCUCAAGCAGUGGACUGGCAGGGUUCUUGCCUAAGAGGCACACCAUCCGUCAUCCUCUCCACCUCCCAGUGACAAAGUCAGCUCAUAUACUAUGUCUCUUUAGGGGCUUUGAUAUGACACGUAUGAAACGUACAAAUGUAAUGUAUUCAUGGGUUGCAGAAAUGUACAAUGGCAACAUUUUCUUCUGGUGACUGGGCUGAUUAAUUGAAAUCAUAACUGCUGACCAGUUCUCACAACAACUCAAAAUAAUAAACACGUUCAGCUCCAUUCAAGGCAGUUCAGCUGCAUUUCAGAUUCGUUGUCCACAGACUCUGGCGAUUCAUCUUCAUUAUUUCCAGCCCAUAGUCCAACACAAACACUGGCUAACCCGCACCAAAUGAGUCUAUGGGGUGUGUUGCACUGUGACACUGUUGACAUGUAAUGACAUCAUGUUCAUGUGAUGACUGGAAGUCAGCAGGGCUUUUAUUAUUUAUACCUGAAAGCUGGGCCGAAGAGUAUUUUUCACUAACAGCAACCCUGACCUUAUUCAAACUUCAGUCUGUGGCUUUAAAUGUUCAAGUAGGCUAAUAAGAAAUGUCCGCUGCAACCUGAACGCAUCAUAAACUGACUGGGUGGAUUGGAUUACUCUGCGUCUCCAGGGAAUUCCGGGAACCUCACAUGACACCAACUCUGCGCCUUUAUUGGUCUGAGGCACGUGUCUGAGAGACCCGUAGUACAACGUCAUCACAGCCUCUCGCAGCCAAUCAGAAAUGAGAACCAAAAUCCGUAGUGAAAGUAUUUGAGCGGCGUCUUUAUCAGGGCACUUUAGUUCUGCUGGAAGCAUCAAUAAUUGUGUGCAGGGACCCGGAAAAAAUAAAUAGUCUAUAGUUUUUCCAACUCGUUUUUAUUUUUUAGAUAAAAACAUUUAAUCGCCCAAUGCAGCCAUGAGGAGGAGGCUUUGACCAGAAACUUAAGCAUGAUUUUUCUUUGUCAAAUUCAGAAGAGGCGCGUUUUCACAGCAGAAACAAUAAACUAUUCCACCAGAAAAGGAAUUAGUGAAGCUCGUCAACGGUUUUCUUUUUCCAGUAAAAAAAUAUAGUAAUUAGUUAAUAAGAAGGCGAACAGGACAACACGAAAUUGGAAUAAUUUGUUUGUAGAAGGGCGCAGAGACAGAGGUGCUGAGGGUGAUCAGGCUUCAUCAUUAUGGAAGAAAAUGCUCGUCGAGAUCCAGAGCGCCCAGAGGACUCCGGCGAGGAGUCCAACCGGGCCAUCCUGCCUCUCCUCCAGGCACCUAACAACCAGCAGUCCCACAGGAUCACCAACUUUUACAUCGACAACAUUUUAAGACCGGACUUCGGCCGAAAGAGGAAGGACAGGACUUUGGUCCGGGAGGGAGACAGUCUGGGAGUAAUUAUACGAAGAGAGGAGCUGACAGGGAGAAAGUCCUCCAAAACUGGCAACCCACAGCAGGGUGGAGCAGGAGGCGACGAGGAGAAGGAGGAGGACACGGGAGCAUCGGACGACCAGAAUCCGGACACUGAGGCCAGGAGAUCUGACCUGAUAGCCGGUGAUGUGGCUGUGAAGGGCCGGGGGGGCGGCGGGGACAGCUGCCGCAGCCCCCAGGCCAGCUCGGCCCCUGCGUCCAAAUCGAUGCUGUGGCCGGCGUGGGUUUAUUGUACCCGCUACUCAGACCGCCCGUCAUCAGGGCCCAGAUCCCGCAAACCAAAGAAGGCAGCGACCCCGAGUAAAGAGGACAAGCGGCCCCGGACGGCUUUCACUGCGGAGCAACUCCACCGGUUAAAAACUGAGUUCCAGAACAACCGGUACCUGACGGAGCAGCGGAGGCAGAGCCUGGCCCGGGAUCUUGGCCUAAACGAGUCUCAGAUCAAAAUAUGGUUUCAGAACAAACGGGCCAAAAUCAAGAAAGCCACCGGGAAUAAAAACGCUCUGGCGCUGCAUCUGAUGGCGCAGGGACUGUACAACCAUGCCGCGUCCAAGGAUGCCAAGUCGGACAGCGAGUAGAGGACAAACGGGGACAGGCGGGGGGGAGGGGGGAUCCUGAAACAUGCAAUAAAAUCACUUCAGUACCAGCAUUCAUAUUUAAAACUCAACCAGAGACGAUAUUGUGACAUUUUGUUGGUCUUUAGAGUGUGUGUGCGCGUGCGUGAGUGUGUGGCUACGUGUCCUCAGGGCUGUAGUUAUGACGAUGUCCGAUCCAAGUCAAAAAUGGUGCUGCGUUCAGGCUACAGAAAGAAAUCAGAAUUUCAGCAGGUAUGUUAUAAGCUACAAACCGUAGGCCUAUCAGAUGUCCAGUGAAACCAGCUGUGGAUGCUUUGAACUGUUAACCUUACUGUUACCUAUGCAACAUCUAAUGUAAGCUAUCUUUAGGCUGCAGCAAUGACUUGGCUCCGCUCUGUUAAGGAGGCCUGAAGAACUCAUAAGCUAUGUGGUCACAUUUCAAAAUUGGGAAAAGGCUCUUUAGGCUAAAUUGUGCCGGUAAAAUCAUGUAUUAUUCGUUAGCUAAAAUUGUAGGCCUAUUAGCUACUGGCAGCUGAAGCAAUAAAGUUAGGCUAAUUUCAGACACCAGGGAUAAAACCCAUGUUUUCAUAAAGGUUUUCAUUGCUAAUAAAAUGACUAUUUUGACAUUUUUCAACAUUAUAAUUAAUGUUACUUGGAUCAUAGUUGUAACACUGUACCCCGCCAUCUUUAGUGAUCUCAGAAAGCUCCAAAUUUCAGCCAACCCAAGUUUCCAAGUUUCCUACUUGAGUUGUAGCUCUUCACCUUUAAAGAAACAUCCAGAACAUCCAUAUUCUGACAUGUUAGCACUGUCAGGUCUAGUGCCGUGGUCAAAACGAGGUUCAAAGCGGUGGACACUAGCAAUUAAUUAUGGUCAAAUACAGACAAUUAGGCUAAGUGUGGACGAAACUUUAGCUUACUAUUUACAGAGUUCACAGAGUGUCACCGUGAUGUUAGAGCUCCAGCAGUAGGCUACCUGCCUGCCUACUGGAAUCCUGCCCUCCGACAUUUAAUUUCGACUCAUUAAGACAAAAGGCUUCAGAAUGGGCACAACGUGAUGUUAAACUUUAAACUAUAUGGCAGGGGUAAAGGUCACCUAAUGGUCCAAACACAGGAAACAUACCUUUGAUGUUUUUUUAGAGGCGGGGAAAGUGAGUCAACACUAUCCAAUAGGAGCUGAGAACAGGACGAGCUCGAGGAGAUGACAGUAGAGUGGACAGCCGUCACGCGCACUACAGCCCUGUGUCCCGUUAGGCUCAACUGUUGUGUCUGAGGAACUUUAUUGAUUAUGAAAACUAUAUGCUGAAAUCCAAAGAUUUUUUCUGCUGCAUUCUGGGAACUGUGAAUUGAGAAAAUAGCCUACUUUGUGUGUUUCUGUUUUUGUUUUGUUCUUUCUGACUUUAAUGGCUGUUUUCUGCUCUCUUCUUAUUUUUUCUUGCGGUGUUCCCCUCUGUCGGCGUACUGUAGUGAAUGUUUACCUGCAGGUCUGGUUGUUUUGGUGUCAGAGUAGCCUUCUAUAGCCUUUUAUGGGCGCCAAAAUUUUGAAAUUUGGGAAUGUAACGACACAUUUUAUGUCUGGAAUUAAAGGUCUGCUUUCUAGAAGCUGUCUGGUGAACAUUGUUUAAUAACCAAAUUAAUUUCCACAAAAGAACUGGCAAAAACCCCACACGCCACUGAACACACCAGCCCUUUCCAUUUGAAUUUAUCUGAUAUUAGUACUGAAAGAAAAACAUCAAACUUUUUUUUUUUAUUUUUUUUUUUUAUGUCCUAUAAAUUUGAAAAGAUGUCUUUAAAAAUAACCUAUUUAUCCCCGAAUUUUUUUUUUACAUUAUGUCCCACAGCCAGCUAUCAUCAGCAAGGGACAUUCUUUCCAUUUAUCUCCAACCGUCUGCCGACUUUGGCACCGCACCCUCCGGCCAAACCAUGGACCUAUAGUACAGGCUAUCUACGAAUGUUCAAGAAAAUAGGCAAGGUUUUAUUUGUUGUUAACAAAGACCAGUAUAUUCUUAUUUAUAAUACAAUGAGCAUCUAUAGCUAUGUGGAAACGGGGCUCUGGAGUGUUUACAUAACUUAUUUUCCUGUAAUAACUUUUCUGUUUGAAUGCACCAUCUGACAGGCCUUCUGCCGGGUCUGAUUAAUGUGGACCCAAACCAAAUCGUGGUCUUAUGAUGCUGUGAAUGUUUCUUUUUAUUUUCUAGACUGUGUUACAGGAGUUUUGCUUGCAUUCAAUUACAAACCUGGACAAGCUUCUGCCUUAAAAGUUAAGUAAAUACAACCUAAACAUAUUUACAGAAAGAGCAGCUGUUUUCUACGAUGGGAUUUUGACAUCAGGAUUUUUAAAGAUGAAUAACGGACACAUUUACUUGUUUUUCCCCGCUCAGCUGAAGUUCUCCUUUAUAUGAUCCUACAUGUAAAUAAUUUAUAUCAUUAUGGUGUGAUGGUAAAUAAAAUACAACAAUGCAAAUGUAUAUUUUCAAGAGCUCAUUUUAUUAUACGAACUGAAACAAGCCUGGAAAAAUAGAGAGGGAAAAGAAAGAAAAAAAAGAAAGAAAUCACAUGGCCCAAAUAUGUAGUAGGCUAUUUUGCUGUGAAGCUGAUUUUGUUUUAUUGAAAUAUCUUGAUGAUGAUUAGCAUAACAAUGAGAGGACCACAGACACAACAUCGAGGACGCUUCUAGUCUGCACAGCUAGUAGGAUAUCAAUACUGCAUCUCUAAUGUUGUUUCGUUGUGCUGUAGCCACUGGUCACAAAACCACCUGUGUAUUUUAGCUUUUACUGCAAAACGCUUUUUUUUAAUGACACCACAAAAGGCCGUUUGACAGAGAGUUAAAAUCAACUGCAUGUACUGCAUCAUUUCUGUCUAAACAGCACGUGGCCAGUAGCCUACAGAACAAAUGAUGCACAAAAUCAUGGCAAUUGAUCAGAAUUUUUACUUUAACUACUUUGGUGCAACUUUAAAGUUUCUGCAGAAUAUUACAAUACGAUUUAAACGUUUCUUACAAAGUGUAGCUCAGAUUAAAAUAUAUAUAGUCCAAUGCAAUAUCAUUUACAGUAUAUAUUGUUGCCCCACGUGUCAAAUAGCCUACACACACACACACACACACACACACAUAUAUAUAUAUAUAUAUGUGUGUAUGUAUGUAUUUUUUUUUUUUUUUUUUUUUUUU